UCAAACACAGGCGAGGCUGUUGUAAAUCUGCUUCAAAUUCUCGGAUUAAUAUUUGUGUGUACGACUGGAACAAAAUACGGAUGCUUUUACAGUGAUCCACUACCACAACACAAGCCAUGGAGAAUAACAAAUCAACGGGAAAGCAAAUUCACAGCAAUAGACCUUUUCUCUACACCACGGGAAUUGUAAGCCGUCUUCCGGAGAGUUUGACCAACAAGGACCGCUCCGGUAAGCCGGAAGAUGACGGCGGCUUCAAUCUGGAGCUUGCCCGUCGGCAACACGAGAAGUUCAUCAUGACGCUACGAAAGCUGAAGGUGGACUUGUCGGAGUUGGAUGCGGACGAAGAGAGGCCGUUCUGCUGCUAUCUUGACCACAUGGCCGUGGUCCGGGACGGGGUGGCUUUGAUCGCCAGGCCCGGUGGUGGAACGGAGGAAGAGGCACAGGUAGAUGAGAUAAGAAGAAUCCUGAGGGACGAUCUACGACAGAAAAUCUAUGAAAUUGAAGAUGCUGAUGCAACGUUGGACGGAGGAGAUGUGCUGUUCACAGGAGAAGAGUUCUUCGUUGGCAUCUCCAAACGGACGAAUAGCCAGGGAGCCAUGGCCCUCGCAAAAGCGUUCCCCAACUAUUCGGUAUCCUCCAUCAAAAUCACAGAUCAGCUGCACUUGAAGAGCAUGAUGAGUAUGGCCGGGCCUGGGAUUUUGGCCAUCGGAAGGAGCAAGGAAGCUAAGUCUGCGUUACAGCAAAUACUACAAAAGAGUAACUUUGAUUACUGCACGUUGACUCUACCAGACGACGAAGCUGCCAACUGUGUAUACGUCAAGGGAUUUUUACUUCACUGUACUAAGCAAGAAUAUCCAGAGAGUUAUAAGGUCUUUGAAGAGAAGUUUCCAAAUGACGUUAGGAUACCAAUACCAAACAGUGAGCUGCACAAGGUCGAUGGAGGGCUGACGUGUAGGUGUAUCUUGGUCCAGAAACCCUUCUAGGUCUUGCCACAACGUUGAUCCAAGCACCGAAGACGUUGAUUUAACAAAACGCUUAUUAUUCAAAAUGUAACUCAUUAAUUGAUUGAUUGAUUGAUUCGGCCAUUCUUGUAUUGUUUAUCUUUUUUAAUUUUUUGAAGGGUUGGGUUGGGCGUCUUUUCUGUGGAAUCAGCAACACAAAACGGAUAUUUUAUUACUUUUUGUAACUCUUCUCGAAUGAUAUCGUCAGUAGUUUAUUUUUGCCACCUUAGAGUCAAAGAUUUCAGACUUUGUUGGGGUUUGUAUUAUUACAACUGUCUUAUUUGGUGAGUCACUGAUUCGAACGGCGCAAAAUCUCAAAUUGUACUGAACAAUGACUGAUGGAAACGGAUUGGAGGAUGGAAUAUGAUUCUUUUAAAGCCAUUAGACCCUUUCGGUACAGAUUCACAAGUUCACAGAUUUACAAAUAACUUACAGGGUUUACA